AUGAUGCUUCCCAGACCUCAAAUGAUGAAACAAGUGACAACGUUGAACUGCCACAGAAUUUUAAAGAGUCAUUUCUUAGGAAUGUUUGUUUACUUUACCUAAAAUUGCAAGGGCAGCUCCUCCUUCCAGCUUCAACAAUACAAACAAUUGUUGAAGAGAUGCAAAAUGUGCAUGAUCUAGGACAGGAUUACACUUUAAGUGAAAUACGGUCACUUUUACAAAAUGAUAUGUGUCUAACAGAGGAUAUUGUCACUAAAGUUUGUGAUUGUGUAAAAAAUUCAGAUUUGUUCUCUUUCUGUCAUCAGGGACCACUGAGAACAGCAUUUUCAAGAGCGCAGACAUUCAAGCAAAUGUUCCAGUACAUAGAGCCUAAAAAGCGUACCCCUGACACUUACGAUUCUGCUGUUUGUGAUCUACAAACUGAAGACAUUCAGGACUAUAAAGGCAUAAAGAAAUGACUGACUCAGAAAAGACAUUUCUACACACCACCAUCACUGACAUCUUGCCUGACCUUCCAGAGGUGACAAAACAUAUUUUAGAAGAGACCUAGCAGUCUCUUGGUGUGGAGACAAGGGAUGACUUUAGGUUUAUUGAAGAAGCUGAUUUGCUGUCAGCAUUGAGGCCAGUUCAAGCCCGCAAAGUCCUUGCUGCUUUGAAACUGAGGUGUCUGACUCCUGAAAGCAGCAGCUCAUCUGGUGAUGCCUUGCCAGGGCCUUCAACAAGUUUUUGUUCAUUUUCACCCCAAAGUUCACAAUCAACCUCUCCCAUCAGCUCCCAAAACCCUAAUAUAGACUGGAUGGACACCUUUCUGAUUCCAUGGGAUAAGUUACCAGAGGAACUGAUACAAAUAUUUGAAAGAGGAAACCGACCAAGUCCACGUAUGAGAAGAGAGAUGGUCCGGGUUGUGGUUCGGGAGAUGAUACAAAAAAAUCGUUGCCCAAGUACGAAGCUUUCUAAUGAAGUUGCCAAGAAGAUGGUAGCAAAAUAUCCUAAAUCUCUGCAAGACGUAAUUGAGGGAGAGGUGGUUGGGCUAGGGUACCACUCUUUGGCUAAGCAGUUGCAGUACAGGAUAGAAAAUGUGAAACGAUGUACAACCCCAAAAAUAAGGAAAAGAAAAUGUUGCUCUGAUGAGUCUGACACCAAUGAAAUCUCUCCAGAACAGAGAGCCGCAAUGCAAGAUACUUAUGGCUGCAUUAACUGGCAUUUAAAAUUCCUGCCCCUUGGAGAGACCAAAGAGAGCCAGCGAGAAAAGAAAGAACAACUGAAAAGGAUGUUUCUGCGAACUGAAACAAAUGCAGAGGAGGUCAAGCAUCUAAUGAAGUUGACUUUCUAUACACAGCGUAAACAAGUCAACCAAGGGGAAAAUAUGAAACAUCUCCUCAAAGAGUGGCCAUUUUGGUUCAGCGAGCUUGGCAUGACAGUCCACUUUAAGGAACUUACUGGAAUUGGGCUCAUAGAAACUUUCACACGGAAUGUGGUUCUGAAGGGGAAACGACUCUUGAACUACUUCAAUACUGUUGGUGUAAACAAGAACAAAAAGUUCCCACAGGCUGUAACGAACAUGAAAGUGAUCAGGGGAGAGCUGAGUGAUGGCUCUGAAGAUGUCAAAGAGAUGUUGCUGCUUUUGUUGUCUUACUUUAAUGAUAAGGAAGACACAAUGUUCUGUUAUGUGGAGGACACCUGCCUGCCAGAGGAAGUACCGAUGGGUCAAGUUCAUCUGACUCCCAGCCUUGUUGUAUGUGGUCGAUCGUGUUUUUCUGCGAAGCGGUUCAUGCUAUGUGUGGAUCAAAACAUUGUUCACAUCAAUUUCCCCUCCUUCAUUUCCGCAGUGUGCUUGAUGUUUGGCAGCUAUUACUGCUUUAAUAUACACUACCCAUCACAGCUGGCAUCAACUCUUGAGUUUAUGCAGAGGUGUUUUUUUUCCAUCAACCCAGAGAAGGGCACUAAGGUGGAGAAGACAAACACAUCACGUCUCCAUGUAAACCCUAGAGUUCUGACCUUGAUUCAGGAACUUUCAGAUCAUGAGUGGCGUGAUGUCUAAAACUUUGAAUAUGGACUGAAGUCAAUAAGAUUUCUGACAUGUAAU